CCUUCCUAUAACUCACUAGCAAUUAGCUGUCUGAGUAGGUAAACGUAUAAGUCGUAAAAGCAAACACACUUUAAUGUUAGCUGUUUGAAGUUCGCAGGUGCUCAUUAAAAUAAUUAAAGUGUUUUUUACGUGCCAAAGUACACAAUUGCUUAAUAAAAGCAAUAGCCCAAACUCUAAAAUAAUAUUUAAAAUAUUACAGGAGCUAAUCUAGUAAAAUAGAUGCUAAACAGCCUACAUCACAGUGGCUAAGCUCUCUGCUACUGAACGCGCUGGCCGGGUUUAUAUACCGUAGUUUCCGAUGCUUACGUGUUAAGGGUGUAGCUAAGUUACGAGGUGAAAUAGUGUCCGUGGUGGUGACGACUGUAAGAUCCACUGACAGUCUUUGCGAACUCGGAUAUAGCACCAGAUUGAUGGAGAAGAAUGGCCCGUAUUUCUUUGGACUGUCCCAACUCUUUACCAGGGAUUCCCCUCAGUGUCCUGUCAGUGCCCAUGGAAAAUAAAUAUAAAUGUCAGCAAUGUCUCCAGGUCCUGAGGAAACCUGUCCAGGCUCAGUGCGGCCACCGCUUCUGUGUACACUGCUUCAAGCAGCUCACCAGUUCUGGCCCAAAGCCAUGUGAAGCCUGCCGUCAAGAGGAGAUAUACGAGGAACCCAUUUCCAUUCUAAACAGCAGUGAGGCUUUCCCAGACAAUGCAGCAGGCCGAGAAAUAGCAAGCCUGCCAGCCAGGUGUUUGAACCAGGGCUGUAACUGGACUGGAUCUAUUAAAGAGUAUGAGGCUCAGCACGAAGGUCGCUGUGAAUUCGAGCGGAUCCUGUGCGAGGGCUGCCAAACCCUUAUCCUUCUCACGGAGAAGGACAGACACAAUGAGAGAGAAUGCGAGGCAAGAACUCUCAACUGCAAGUACUGCAAAAUGACCUUCAACUUCAAAGAGAUAAAGGCCCAUGAUGAGAUCUGUCUGAAGUUUCCCAUGCAAUGCAAGGACUGUGGAAAAAAGAAGAUACCAAGAGAAAAGUUCAAUGAUCAUGUGAAGUCUUGCGCCAAGUCAAAGAGCACGUGUCCAUUCAGUGAAGUGGGCUGCAAGUCUAUGGUAGAGAACGGGAAGCUCUGUGACCACGAGUUCAACAGUACUAUGGAGCACUUGCGUCUGCUGCUGCCUCUGGUGCUGUCAGCGACUCGGGCUCGCUCAGAGGGCUCUGGUGCUGGGGAGUGGCAGGAGGACUCCGGAGUGGGCCUGUACAGGGAUCCUAAUGAGGGAGCCGGGCCCAUGACCUCGGUGCAGUCUGUUGACCUGGAAAAAAAAGUGAACGCUUUAGAAAACAUCGUGUGCGUCCUGAACCGCGAGGUGGAGCGCAGUUCUGUUACAAUGGAAGCAUUCGCACACCAACACCGCUUAGACCAAGAGAAGAUUGAAAAUCUGUCUAACAAAGUCCGACAGCUGGAGAGGACGCUGACCAUGAGAGACUUGCAGCUGUCUGAGACCGAACAGCUGAUGCGCGAACUCCAGUUCUGCACCUACGACGGAGUAUUCGUCUGGAAAAUCUCCGACUUCUCGCGCCGAAGGCAGGAUGCCGUGGCUGGUCGAGCGCCUGCAAUGUUCUCACCAGCUUUUUACUCCAGCAAAUAUGGCUACAAAAUGUGUCUAAGGUUGUAUUUGAAUGGUGACGGGACGGGCCGGGGAACGCACCUUUCGCUGUUUUUCGUCGUCAUGAGGGGAAAGUGCGACGCCCUGCUCAAGUGGCCGUUCAGUCAGAAGGUGACUCUGAUGCUCUUGGAUCAGAACAACAGGGAGCACAUCAUCGAUGCUUUCCGACCAGACGUCAGCUCCUCAUCCUUCCAGCGGCCGAUCAGUGAGAUGAACAUCGCCAGCGGCUGCCCACUCUUCUGCCCGCUGGCCAAACUGGCCGGAAAGAGCCCUUACCUCAGAGAUGAUACAAUUUUCAUUAAAGCCAUUGUAGACCUGACAGGCUUAUAAGGGUGUACUGUGGAAGUAACACCAAAAAACUCUUUGUUUUGUUUUGCUUUGUUUUGUUUUUUUAAAAUACAAAAACACAGAAACAAAAAUCUAAACCAAAUAAUGA